GUGCGUGUGUGUGCGGUGCGUGCGCGGUGCCGGCUGGCUUUUGCCAAAGGAGCUGCUUGACUUGCUCUCUGUUUUGAGGGCGCGGAUUCAGGGACUCGGGGCCAAGAAUUCUCCGGACCCAGGUUUGACUGUAGGUACCAAAGCGGGGAUCGACGGCGCAUAAAGAUGCUGAAGGGUGCUUGGUUGCUCAGUUUGUUAACAGUGGCUGGGAUCUCGUGGACAGAGAGUCGCAAACCUGCCAAAGACAUUUGCAGCAAGAGCCGCUGCCCUUGCGAGGAGAAGGAGAACGUGCUGAACAUUAAUUGUGAAAACAAGGGAUUUACAACCGUCAGCCUCCUCCUGCCGCCCCCGUCCAAGAUCUACCAGCUGUUUCUCAAUGGGAACGCACUGACCCGCCUGUUCCCCAAUGAGUUCGUCAACUAUUCCAACGCCGUGACCCUGCACCUGGGCAACAACGACAUGCAGGAGAUCCGCACGGGGGCCUUCAGCGGCCUCCGCACCCUCAAGAGGCUGCACCUCAACAACAACAAGCUGGAAGUGCUGAAGGAAGACACCUUCCUGGGCUUGGAGAGUCUGGAGUACCUGCAGGCUGAUUACAAUUACAUCAGUGCCAUUGAAGCGGGGGCAUUCAGCAAGCUGAACAAGCUCAAGGUGCUGAUCCUCAAUGACAACCUCCUGCUGUCCCUGCCCAGCAAUGUCUUCCGCUUUGUGCUCCUCACUCACCUCGACCUGCGGGGCAACCGGCUGAAGAUGAUGCCUUUUGCCGGUGUGCUGGAGCACAUUGGAGGCAUCAUGGAAAUCCAGCUGGAGGAAAACCCUUGGAACUGCACCUGCGACUUGCUGCCACUCAAGGCCUGGCUAGACACCAUCACCGUGUUUGUGGGCGAGAUAGUCUGUGAAACCCCCUUCAGGCUUCAUGGGAAAGAUGUGACCCAGCUCACCAGGCAAGAUCUCUGCCCUAGGAAAAGCUCCAGUGAUUCAAACCAGAGGGAAAAACACCCUGUCCUCUCAGACCCACACGUCUCAAGGCUAUCGCCCACGGCCAACUCUGCCAUCAAUCCCACCAGGGCCCCAAAAGCCAGCCGGCCACCCAAAACUAGGAACCGCCCCACUCCCCGUGUCUCUGUGUCGAAAGACAGGCAAAUAUUUGGACCUAUCAUGGUUUACCAGACAAAGUCUCCUGUGCCCAUCACCUGCCCAGCUGGCUGCAUCUGUACGUCCCAGAGCUCAGACAAUGGCCUAAAUGUUAACUGCCAAGAGAAAAAGAUAAGUAACAUCUCUGAUCUGCACCCCAGGCCGACCAGUCCAAAGAAACUUUACCUUACCAGUAACUAUCUGCAAGUCAUUUAUAGAACCGAUCUCACAGAGUACAGCUCGCUGGAUUUGCUACAUCUAGGAAAUAACAGAAUUGCAGUGAUACAAGAAGGUGCCUUUACAAACCUCACAAGUUUACGCAGGCUUUACCUUAAUGGCAACUACCUUGAGGUUCUGUACCGAUCCAUGUUUGAAGGGCUGCACAGCCUGCAAUAUCUCUACCUAGAGUACAAUGUCAUCAAGGAGAUCCUGCCACGCACAUUUGAUGCUCUGAGCAAUCUUCAUCUGUUGUUCCUCAAUAACAACCUGCUCAGAUCCUUGCCUGAUAAUGUCUUUGGAGGCACUUCCCUCACCAGGCUCAACCUUAGGAACAACCAUUUCUCAUACCUGCCUGUGAGAGGAGUCUUGGACCAGCUCUCGGCUCUGAUUCAGAUAGACCUCCAAGAGAACCCUUGGGACUGCACGUGUGACAUCCUGGGGCUGAGGAACUGGAUAGAGAAAGUCACUGACCAGAACAACCAGCAGUCAAAUCCCCCUGUAGUUAUCAAUGAAGUAAUCUGUGAGUCUCCUACCAAGCACUCUGGAGAGCAUCUGAAAUUCCUGAGCAAAGAAGCCAUCUGCCCGGAGAACCCCAACUUGUCCGAUUCUUCUCUCCUCUCCAUGAACCAGAACACUGAUACCCCCCAUGUCGGUGCCUCACCCAGCUCCUACCCAGAAUUACACACCGAAGUUCCGCUGUCUGUCCUAAUUUUAGGCUUGCUGGUUGUGUUUAUCCUGUCAGUUUGUUUUGGGGCAGGUCUGUUUGUCUUUGUCCUUAAGCGCCGGAAGGGGGUGCAGAGCAUGCCCACCAGUGCCAACAAUGUAGAUAUAAGUUCAUUUCAGCUCCAGUAUGGGUCUUACAACACUGAGACCCACGAUAAAACUGAAGGACAUGUUUAUAACUACAUUCCCCCUCCUGUUGGACAGAUGUGCCAAAACCCAAUCUACAUGCAAAAGGAAGGGGAUCCAGUUGCCUAUUACAGGAAUCUCCAUGAGUUUAGCUAUAGCAGCCUUGACCACAAAAAAGAAGACCCCACCAGUCUUGCAUUUACCAUCAGUGCAGCUGAAUUGCUGGAAAAGCAGUCCUCACCAAGGGAACCAGAGCUCCUGUAUCAAAAUAUUGCAGAAAGGGUCAAGGAACUCCCCACCGGAGGAUUAGUUCAUUAUAACUUUUGUACCUUACCCAAAAGGCAGUUUGCCCCUUCAUAUGAAUCCAGACGCCAAAAUCAGGACAGGAUAAAUAAAACUGUUUUAUAUGGAACUCCCAGGAAAUAUUUUGCAGAACAGUCUAAACCUGAGCAUCCUUUACUCCAAGGAAAGCUACAAACAGAACCAGACUACCUCGAAGUUCUGGAAAAACAAACUGCAAUCAGUCAGCUGUGAGGGGGGAGGUGGGAGACAAAAGAAAAUUUUUUAAAUGAGCUCAGCAUCAUAUUUCUUUGAGUCUGAACUCAGUACUGAUGUCAUCUGUCGCAUUCCCAACAUUUCCACUUUUUUAAAAUCAGAGAAGGAAUGAGAGAGAAAAGGAACCCUUGCAGCAUAGCAGGGAUGUGGUGUUUCUUUUACAACGUUCCCUUUAAGUUAUUUCUAUAUCUCUCUCCUUUUGACCCUUCUCUAGAACUGUCAUUGCAAAUGUAUCUUUCUGAAAUAGAUCUUGCAUAAUUUUUUUUGAUUUUGAAGGAAAUGAGGAAGGGGUCUUUGGGAUUUCUGGUUUUUUUUUUUCUUUUUAUUUCAAAAUGGAAACGUAAUGUAUUAUGUAGAAGAUCUCCAAAGAUCUUUUUUCCUGGACUAUGACUUUCUUUUGUAAAUAAUAAUAUACAGUACUGCUGUUUCAAUUACCAACUAUAGCCACUGGGCGUCACUUUUUUGUGUUAAAGUGCCUUUGCACUUUAAGUACAUUAUUACUUAAUUGUUGCUCUUAGCUUUGAUAAAUUGAACCUAUUUUAAUGUGUUGUAUUUUUGAAAUUAAAAAAAAAUUGUAAAAUAGAUCUAUAUGUCAGCUGCAUUAAAUCAGAAGGUUUGAUUUAUAGGAAAGCUGCCCUUCUUUAAAUGACUCUAGUUCUAGGACCUUACAGACUCAAAUGUAAAUUAUUGGGGUGUUUUUUCCCUCUAGGUUUGUUUAGAGUGACUCACAGAAAUCAACUGAGAGAAUUUAGCAAUGGACUAGAGGUUAUCAAAUGCCUCAGCCGGGAAUAACAGCUCAUUAAUAAAAGAUGUUUAACACAAUGCCAUAGUGAACUGAACAAUUAAUGUCCUUCUUAAUACAUUGCAUUGCAGCUCUAACACAGUAAUGUUCAAUGGCUUAAGAUUAUUUUCAUACUUAACAGAACAUUACUCAUAAUAUUUUAUGCAUUGGAUUAGGUAUUUUUAUACAUUUUGGGACAGAGUUUAUAUUUGUAACUUUUUGAACUGAAAUUAACAUGUCCUCUUCUUGCCAGAUACAUAUUUUUUUCAUAAGCAGGGACACCAGCAGGGGUCAUCCCACACCUCAUUAAAUUUAUUAACAUACAGGCAGAUGAACCAAUGCCAAAGGUAAAAUUUGAACCCCGGACUCCAGAGUCCUCCAACUGAAAUCAGUAUGUGCAUCCCACUAACUUUUGGUAGUCUGAAUUGUGUCAUUAUAUGUGCUUUUUGUCUCUAAAGCUGAAGUAAUACUGCAAUAAUUCUAAUCUGUUAGAGAAAAUCACCUUUAAGUUCACUGUCUUAAAUGUUAUAAAAUGUUUUAAGUUAACUGAAUUCCAUUCUCAGCACUGGUUUUCUUAAGCCCAUCAGUGAACAAAUGCAAUGAGUCUUCUCCUUUCCCAUUAACUCAGGCCUGUUUUGCUUCAAGCUUUAUGUUAUCACCUUCAAUUUGCUUUUCCUUCAUGGAGAAUAUUGAAACCAUUUUUAUUAACAAGUAUACAGUCAAACUUUAUUAAACCUUAUUAGCUUCUAAAUAAUUUUUAGAUGCAAACAUUAUUGUGCAAUUUAAACAAACAGCCCUUAUUUACAACAAAAACAGUUUUGUUUUGUCUGUUCUAAAUCCUUAUGCAACUGGGAUGGUGAUCUGCAUAUAAAGUAGGCCAGGCUUUUCAAUUCCUUAUUAAAGCAAUUGAUGGGGUCUGAAAGAAGCACACUGUUUCCUUUUCAUAAAUAGGUUACUGCACAUAAUAAUCCUUUAUUAUCAUGCAGAGAUUGAAGUGGCCUCUGCUGACUGAUUUUUAGAGCUUUGCUAUAGUUAAUAAUACAGUAUCUACAACUUGGAGAAAUUGUCAGCAAUAGCAUUUAAGCUAUAAAUAACUACAAUCAAUGUUGUUCUAAUCAGGACUUUGCCAAAAGGAAGUUGCUUUAUAUUUAAGAGCUAAAGAGGCUUUGCAUGUGUUUUGCCAGAUAUCUGAGUCACUUAGUAAAAUGCCUUCUAAUGAUUUAUGUGACAUUUGGGUACAUUAAUAUGCUAACAUGUCAAUUCUUUAUGUUUAGAAUCCAUAGCAUCUAUGGCUGUUCAUUAGAUCAGGUUUAAAAUUGAAGUGCUACAAGGAACUACUGAAGAAUCAGUCUUCAAAAUGGUCUCACAUCAAGAGGGAGGUGAAAUGGUAUCACUUUAGUUGAACUUGGAACAUUUGACUGGAAUUACAUCCAUCUUUGAGCAAGGUACUUGCUUGAAAGCUUCCAGUACUGAUUGUCUUAUUAUGGCUCCUUCCCCUGGGUAAUUAAAAGCAUUUAUUACUGAAACCUUGAGAAAAGUAUAAGUAUUAUUUUAAAGUUAUUAACUCUUUCCAGGUAUGAAUUUAGUAUUGCCUGCAGAGCAAGUACAAUGUUACAUCUGGCAGCAGCUAGGAUAUUGUUAUUAAUUAUUCUCCAGUGAGCAAGAACCACUUACAAAGGUUUAUUCCCUCAGAAAAAAAAGCUAAUUUUUUCAGCAGAAGUGUUUUCAGUGUUCUAGUGCUGGCAAACAACAAAGGUAUGGAAUUGAUUCUUUUAGUAACAUUAUAUUGUUUGGGUUUAGUUCUUUAGUCUCAGUACUUUGAUGUUUGCUUUAGUGGCACAGCCAUACUUUGCAGAGCUUGCUGUUGCUUUACAUUUCCUUAGGUUUCCUAGUGGAAUUUAUUUAAGGACUAGAUUUUAUUCUGCAUCACCAGUGCAAGCUAAAAAAUUAUUAUUGCUGUAGAUCUUUUAGGUUUGUUUUUAUACCCUUCAGCUGACAUCUUUUAGGCAAUUCUUUUCAUAGAGUGUCUAGGUGAAAGAGAAGAUUUUUUUCAGUUACACUUAAAGAGAUUUGUUUAACAGGGAAAGUGUGUCGGCAGCUGCUGGAUAGAAGGUCUCCACAUUUCUUCAGCUGUGCUGCCCUGGAAGCUGCUGCUUGUUAGGGGAGAGCUGCUUGCCUGAGUCGUGGCUUGAUAAUGAGUCUGAAAAAAAAUUUCUUUCACAGUUUGAAAAGUUGAACUGUGAAAAUUAUGUAACCAGGUUAGCAAAGUUGUUUUUAUUCCCUCAGGAAAAAGGGGUGCAAAUAGUUUUCUUUCUUCAUAAGUUUUCUGUUGUGAAAGUGAACCUAAUGACCUUUGCAGAAACAGUAACAGUGCAGACUGAAGCACUGUUCAAACUAUGCAAUUAUAUUUAGUGAAAAUGAGGAGUUCUACACUUCCAAAGCAUGAAUACUGGGUUUUUUUUGGGGGAGGGGGUCUUUCUGGGUAAGUAUUAGAUAAAGUUUAUGUAAAGUUUAUCUUUGUUAGAUAAAGUUUAUUUCCCUUUUUCUCCCCAGUGACAAAAAAUGUCACUUUUUGGAAAAAGUUUUCUUUGUGUCCUCAAGCCUGCUGCAGAGCCACUCUGCAUGCCCAGUGGUGCUCCUCCUUUCUGCAGUCUCUGUCUUCCCUCAGAUUUCACCUUUCUGGGCUCCAGCAUUAUCAGCUCCUACCCCACCUCUGUUAUCUGCUUCCAAAGCCCUUACCAUGCCCCAAUCUUUCCACUUGCCUCUGUCCCUGUGGGCUGUCCAUUCCUUCCCUAGCAAGCUCUGCAGGACCCAUUUCAGCUCUGAAGGGGCUGCUGUCCCUGCUCCCCCCCUGAGCUCAAUCCUUGCCUCCUGCCCUGCCAUUGCUGAGGUGCCCUGUGUCAAAUGAGACACCUGGUCCCAGUGGUUUUACUGGGAGCUGUGCCAGAGGAAACUCUGCUUAGCUGUUCCCUCUACCCCUCACUGAACAGAGAACAGAAGCCUAAAAUCACAGAGGGUUUCAGUUUCCAUGCAGAAUUCCCCGUGUGCCAUAACCUGUGUCUAAGCAAGAGCAAAUGGAUGAGCUUGCUGAGACAUCACUCUUGCCAUCACAUCACUCUUGGCUGUCAUGUUGGUGAGCUGUCUUCAGCAUGAGUUAAUCUUGCCAAAAUUAGCUACUAAAAUUUUAAACUCAAACUGGUUGUGUGGUGUCUCUAGAGUAAACAGCAAAGAUACCAGGCCAUUCAAAGGGGAUUUAUUCCUGCUCACAACACAAGGUGUGAAUUGGGCUACAGAUAUGCCUGCUUUCUUCCAGGAAGUGUAGAGAGGAUAGAUAAUGAGUGCUGAUAACAGCUAAUUCCCACAUAGAAAAUGGUCAGGCUGGGCUGACUGCAGCUAGCACACCCACAUACAACAUCCAUGCCCUGCUGAGUAUCUGCCCAUCUCUACUCCAAGAUAUUUUUUCCUGUCCAUGAGAAAAGCAUUCCCUGUGGAGUUUAAACCCUGCUUUGGUCAAAUGCACUGACUUUUUAUAACACCACUUGGUGCUAUACAGUAGGGAUUAGUUUGGGUUUCUUUCUCUUCCCACCAACACUUGAAUUUGUAAAGUAAAAGUCGCACUUAUUAAAAGUUUGGAGGUAUAAUUAGUAAUGUCAAAAUAAGGAUACCAACAAGUUAAAUUGCCUAAAAAAAAGUCUUAUAGAAUACUGAGCUUGUAUAGGAAUACAAUAAUUUUAAACUGCUCAUGAGUGAAAUGAGAUACUGGAAAUGUUAAUGAAACUUCUUAGGCUCUUACAGGCUAAUCACUGAUACAGUUUGUGAUUUUUCAUAUUACUGUUUUUACAGACAAUAAACGUCAUUUAACAGAGAAGAACUAUAUCCCAAAGACCUCCCCCAACUGUAGAACUUCAAAAUAACAUAAAUUAACUUAUGCAGAUGAUGUGACACUUCUUGUGCAUUUCCCAUCACUUUCUCUAAGCGUUCCAAAGAAGUACAAAAGUUAUUCUUUUCUAAGAGGAUCAUUAAGUCUGUUUGGAUUAUUGAUCUCAUAGCUUUUCUGGGCACAAGGCCAAUCAUUUUGACUAAGGUUUUUAAUCCUAGCUAAUGAGGGAGGUGGAUUAAGGAGAAGGUUUUUGUUGUUGCUCUUUUGUUCUUGAAGGAUUGGUUGGAUUUUUUGAACCAGUAGAUUGACAUGUUUAUGAAUACAGAUGAAUAGAUCAUUUUGAAUGAAAGAAAUGUUGGAGUGGCAGUCAGAGAUGCAGUCAUUCUCAAGACCAAAUAGGCUCAAGAGUAUGAGUGAAGUUUGAAAAACAGGACGUCAUAAAAGUGGCUUUCUUCCUGAGAUCAUAAACACAGAGGACACCGCUGUGAAUACAGCAGCAGAUCCUGGUACAUGCUGUUAACCAUUUGGAGGGAUGAAAUUAGAGGCCAGAUGCACCUCCAUUAUCCUUGAGGAAGUGUUCAGGAUUUGUUCUCAUCCCUGGCUGUUACCCUGAGUGCACACCUAUAUUAGCACUGCUUCUGCAUUCAGCUUGAGAAAGUAAACAAGGUGAAGUUUGGAGGGGCAGAGCUAUUUGCAGUGUUUCUGAAUGGUUCUUAUUUCUGGCCUUUAAAAUGAAAUUAAUUAAUCAUUGGUGCAUUUAAUGCCAUAGGCUUUUAAAUUCUAAAGUCCUUUGUAAACUUUUUGGAUCAGUGAAUGUAGCUGCUUACAAGUGAGCAACACAAAACAUUGUAGCUGAUCUUAAGAAGAAGGUACUAUAGGUAAGGUACAGAAGGUACUGUAAAUACAUAUUAGCAGUAUAACAAAUUACAUCAGCAUUAAAAAGUUAUGCAAUAUAAUAAUGUCAGGAUUCUUUGUGGUGACAGAGCAAGUGUAGAUUUGUGUCUUGAAAACACAGGUUGUGUCUUCUUGCCCUGCUUGUGCAUUGCUCUCCAGAGCCAGAACUGUUAAUCACCAGUUAUCUUGUGAGAAGGAGGCAGAACAGCCUUUUUAAAAAUGAACUCUGCAUUGGAAAAAGCACAGCUAAUGUAUAUAGACCUGUUGCAGUUAUCUCCUCUUGAGAUAGGACAUAUUUCCAUACAAAAGCCUGGAAAAAAAAUCCCCUUGAGAUUGCUGAUAAUGUGACAGAGUCUAUUUUAGAACAUCUUGAUUUUAGUUCUGAAAGCCUCUCAUCUGAGAGUUGGAGUUAAGGCAUUUUUUUGCCAUGCUAUGAAGUUUUGUCCUUUUCCCCAGGGAUUUGUUAGAGAUUUGAUGCAUGCCAGCAUCUUAGCCAGAGAGCUGAAAUGAACACAAAUUUUUUUUGAGAACUGUGAAAAUGUAAUGACUACAUAAAUUUUCUUCUAAUAACAGAAGAACAUACAACAUGAUGAGGAAGCAAAGCUGUCAGAGAGGCUUAUAAAGAUUCCAGGGUGCAGUCAAAUCUGAGGAAUUCAGGUGUAGCUGCAGAGUACCUUUGUUGUUUUACACCUGAGUGCCUUCUGUGGGAUGCCCUGGGAUUGGCAGAGUGACAGGAAUCUCACUAAAUAAGAAUAAUCCCAUUGAGCUGCCCAGCUGUGAGUGGCAGAGGGGAGAGAAAAAUGCCUAUGUCCUUCUUGCCAUCACUUAAAAUGCCAUUUGGGAGUUUUCCAGACUCAAUACUCAUUCCCAUAAAUCUGAAGUCAGCACACUCCAAGUUUAUGCUUCAAUAUGGGAUUUUCAGUAAUGUUUGAGUGAUGCAACCUUUUGGCUAUCACAUCUCUUACUCCUGGGUGAGGUUUUGCUUGGAACCUUUGGUUUAUUCUAUCUCUUCUAAAUUUUAAGUCUUAAUUAUUCCUGACUGUGUUCUUUCUAUGGAAGUCAAAUAGAAUUAGCAAAAUAUUUGGUUUUUCUUUAUCUUAUUCACAAGUAGCCAAGUUCCCCAUGUAUCAGGCAGCUGAGACUUGAACAAGUCAAAAGUUUCAGAAGCUCAGUGAUCCACUCAAGUGAGCAAAGCUUUACCCAAAGCCUUACUGCUCCCAUCACAUCUGCUGUGUUCUGCUAAGCUGCUGAUUUUAUUCAGAUGAAUUCCAAUUUGAAACACAUAUACGCUAAUAAGUAUCUGUGUAAAACCUUAUAAUAUUCAGCUUAUAAUAGAAAAAAGAGAGGGAGUUAGAGGUUGGGAAAAGCCUUUCAAAAUUCUGGGUUUUUUUCCUGAAGGUUUCAGAGGGAUUUAUUAUGAUUACUAGGGAAUCAAAACGAAUUCUAACAACAGUGUUGUGUAGGGGUUUUUUUUGUGCUUUUUGUGUAAGAUAGUGGAGGUGGGGGAAAGAGGGAAAAAAAAGGUAGAUUAUAGUUGUCUUAACUGUCAAGAUGUUAACAGGAGACUACCAGAAAACUAAGGAGUUCAGAGUUUAUGACUCAAAGAGCUUACAAAAAUGCCUACUUUUCUGUGGAACAUCUAAAGGGAAAUGGUUCUCAGGCUGCUUUCCUGAGGGCUGAGAGAACUGGACAGGCUUCCUUGGAGAGCUGAGAAAUCCCAGCCUUAAAGUUAGAGCAGAUUUACUGUCAUUCAGAUAUAAGCAUGGCUUAUGUGAAGAGAUAAUGGAAGUGGGGAAAAUGCUUCAUGCUGCAGUUCACUCCUUCAUUAGUGGUAUGGUUUGUAGCCUGUAUUUUCUGUAACCAUAUUUACCAUCACAUCCAACUCAUAAGCUACUUACCAGAGCUGAGUAGAUAAUUCUUAUAUUUAUUGAUGUGGCCUUCCUUUCUGUAAUGCAAUGUUUACAAAUUUGUUUGAUGGUGGCUUAAGUUUGCCAUGGCUUCUUUUUGCUCUCCAAAUAAUGCUUGGGGACAGUUCCUAACAGUAGAGUCCUAAUGGAUAUUUCAUAGUGAAAGCCUAAAAUUGAGCUACCAAGGACUUUGUUUAUGUUAUCUUUUUUUUUUUUUGUUUUAUUUUGUUUUGUAGGUAGUGAAGCAGUGGCCUUUGUUAAAAGCUCAUUUGCUGGGAACUGAAAAAUAAUGUUCUCUUUUCAGUUCUACUAGUGACCUUGCACAAGGCAUACCUGUGUCCCCAUGCUUUAAUUUCUGCAUCAUUAAAUAAGGAGGAUGAUACUUUCUGCCUUAGUCUAGUGGGAUUUACUGAUGAGAAAUGUUAAGUAUAAUUGUUUUUCAAAGCCUUUAUAGCUUCAUCCAAAUGCAGUAACAGUGUACAGCUUUUUUUCCUUGGCAUAUGUUUUUCUGAUCUAAGAAUGUGGUGUCGACAUGUCAGAUUUUGUUUUGUUUUCUGUCUUUGCAGUUAAAAACAGACCAUGAAGAUUACCUUGUACAGGAAAAAGA